GAAGGGGACUGUUCGAGGCGCUACAGGUGUCCAGACCAAGACCAAGCACGCCUGUAAACAAGAAAGCUUGCCUCCACUCCUUUCCUUUUCCACCACCAGGUCCUCCACUGCCGCUUCCACCCUCCCGCCUCCACCGCCCACACCUCUCCGCCUUGCAGGGAGACGCGGUGAGAUUGUGUCAUGACUGAAUACGUGGGCUGUCAAGUGUCCGUGGAGGUGCGAGGGGGCCUAGGGUGGUACCAGGGCCGGGUGGUGGCCGUCAGCACCCAGCGGCAGACACUCACUCUCACCCAGGUCAUCCACAAUGGCCGGCCGGCGCCACUGUCUGAGGUCACCAUCAAUGCCGGUGACGUGGUGGAGCUCAAGAUACUGUCACACCCGAAGAAGGGCGACGUAGAGCCCACCACUGCCACCACCACCAGACCCACACCACAGCCUGCCUCAGUCCCCUCAGGAGCAACACCCCAUGGCCACACACCCCAGGCCUUGCUCACAUACCCCUCACAUGCUCAAGCUAACCACCACAACCAGACGCCGCAGAAACAGACACAGCUGCCACCGACGUCACAUCCACAGCAACAGUACACCACACAGCGGGCCCCCAAGGCACAGCUACAAUUCCCCCAGGCAGGGCAUGGAGAGGCGGCUGUUGCUGGGUAUGGGACGGGGGCCGGGGGGGAGGCGGGGCAGAUCAGGAGGAAGCCCCGUACCUCAGUUGGGGAAACGCUCGCUCAUGGGUCACACCACCACACGCUCCCCAAAGAUACCAGUGGGGAGUGGCAGCGGGUGUCCCAGGCCCCGGCAGCUGCCCCUGACUACAGCUCCCCGCGGCGGUUUGACCCAGCCAGGACGGCGGGCAAGAAGGAGCGGCAGCGGAGGGCGCGCAAUGAGGCAACCUUCGGCAUCUCAGACGACGAUAUGAUGGCCACGGACUUUGACUUUGAGAGCAACCUGGCGCUCUUUGACAAGCAGGCGGUGUACGAGGAGAUCCAGAGCCACAAGCCUGAUGUGGUGCGGCAGACGGUGCGGGAAAACUACCGCUAUGAUGAAAAUGUCCUGCCGUCCAAACCUCCUCCUGAGCGCAAGAUUAUUGUUCCCACCUCAGGCGCUGCCGAGGUGAUCUACGCCAAUGACAGCGGCGUGUUGGUUCCGUCAGUAACCAGUGAGCUCCGUGCGGCCCUGCUGUCUACGGCCAACCAGCACGGCCUCACCAACUCCCGGCAGCUGGAGAUGAUAGGCCGUGCGGCCACGGAGGUGAUCAUGUCCAUCAGUGGGUGCAGCCACAGGCUGGACCCAGGCAGCAACCAGCAGCAGCCGCCGGUGGUGGUGCUGUUGUGUGGCAGCCACCUGCAGGGCGCGGCUGGAGUGAACACGGCACGGCAGCUGGAGAGCCAGGGCGUGCAGACCCUGGUGGUGACCCCGCCCAGUGCCUCCUCGCCCCCCACCCCCCUGCUUCUGACCCAUGAGCUCCAGCUGUAUGGCCUGACGGGCCGCACCGUGGCCGACCCUCGCAAGCUGCCAUCCACCCUGGACCUCAUCGUGGAUGCACGUCUGGACCACUUGGGCCGGGCAGGGGAGGGCGGAGGCGGCCAGGCCUGGCUGGCCUCCACUGCAGCCUGGGCCUCUGCCUCCCGGGCCCCCGUGCUGGCCCUUGACCCGCCCAGUGACUUGGCGGCCCUGUCCUUCAGCUCCCCGCCCCUGCCCGCCCGUGUGCUGCUGUGUGUGGCGCUGCCCCUUGCCUACACACCAUCCCGCGGCAAGCUGUACCUCCUCUCGCUGCCCAUCCCGCUGCACACUUUCGCCGCUGUGGGCAUCAAGUAUGUGUCCCCCUUCGGUGCCAAGCUGGUCAUUCCGCUGCACCCAUGUGAAUAACCACACACACACACACACACACACACACACACACACACACACACACAGUGUUGUGUUGCUCAGAUGGUUCACAAUCCUUUUUCACAACCUAAAGAUGUUCAGUCCAUGGAGGAAGACAGAUAUUUUUUUAAAGCAUAAGUUUACUACUCAAAUAAAGUGAGAGAGAGAGAGAGAGAGAGAGAGAGAGAGAGAGAGAGAGAGAGAGAGAGAGAGAGAGAGAGAGAGAGAGAGAGAGAGAGAGAGAGUGAGAGUGAGAGUGAGAGAGAGAGAGAGAGAGAGAGAGAUUCUUUCUAUCUGAUAUCCAUUGUAUAGUUAUUACAAACAACUAUCUUUUUAAUAGUGACUUCGGCUGCAGUGAACCUUUUGUCCCACAAGGCUGUGAAGCAGCUUUCAUUAAAAAAAUUGUCAGAAUCA